AUGGAAGGCGAAGUCGACUGGUGCGCCACUUGUGGGCGCCAACUCGCCGCGAAACGCAUAACAGAGACUAUCAGAGUCCCUGCGCCACAGAACGCUCAGGCGCAAGCCCCGACGCGCUCUGGCACCAUACGCCCGAAGGGCCGCAAGCAGCCGCCACCACAGGCGCCCGCGCAGCCCGCUACAGUUCUAAAGACGCGUACAGUCUAUGACAGCGCGCCUCUCCCCCUCUACUGCUCCGACAGAUGCCGCCUCGCCGAUCUUCAGAGCCCCGCCCGCUCGGGCGCCCUCGCGAUCGGUCACAACCCCGUGCGCCAUCCCUGGCGCCUGGACGACGACGACGUGUCCCUCAUUCCCGACUGUGCUGUGGACGAUGUCUCCAGCGUAGGGACGGCGUCUUCCGCGUCCUCCACCUCCUCUCUUGACGGCGCCGCCCCGGAACUUCAUCUCCGUGAUAUGGACCCGUCCCUGGCAGCCAUAUUCCGUGGCUAUGACUUCCGGCCGAUGCCCCUCAUUCCUGGCACGGCGCCUGACGCGCAUCCCGCCGUCCCUCGCGCGUCGCGCCGCAAACGUGACCUCGACGCGGAGUACAACGGUGGCAUCAUGAUGUCUGGCAAGCGCAUCCAGGAGUGGGUGCACCCCGAGCAGCCUAAACCUAGCCGCCCAGCGUACCCCCUUCCCCUACCUGAAGGGCACGCGCAACCUCCCUCCCCAGCGAAGCCCUCUGCCACCUCCCAAAAGGUCCCGAACUGGAACGACGGUACCAACGCGUGGCGCGCGUCCAUCUACAACCUCUCCUCGACUACCGACGUCGAGCCUAUGGACUUGCGCGAACACUAUGCGUACAGCACGCAGGUGGCAUCCGCUCACCGCUCAUCAACUGGAGUCGUCCCCUCCAUCCGGUCCUCCUCGCCUCCCUCUCCGGUCACCUCCACCUCCUCCAUCCCCACCCUCCGCAGGCACUCGAGCCCGUCGACUGUACGCACGGAUCCGGACGCGCUCUUGCUGUCGAAGUUCUCCGAACCUUUCAGCAAGCGCAGCGAGUCGCGUCAAAGCCUAAACAACGGCGGCUCUCCGCGCCCGUCCUCGUCGAUGCCCGAGUACCGCGAGAAGAACCUCGUAGCCCGUGGUGCCGAGCACGCGCUUCUCGUCCCCGACGUCAAGCUCAGGAUGCGCAGGGGAUCGCAUUCACGCACUGGCAGCAGCCUCCCGAACACGCGCAGUCCCUUGUCAAUGACAUCCCUCACAUCGACCGACGAGGAGGAGACCGAUGGCGACGACGACGUGACGCUCACCGAGGACCAGCUCAGCGAGCUCAAGAUCUCUGAUAGGCCCAAGCGGCCCACGAUCGAGUCUCGCCCGUGGUCCUACGACGGCUACAAGACGUACACGGCCAUGCCGCUGAAGCGCGACGUCAGCAGCCUCUGGCGCUGGUAA